GAUUCAAGUAUAAAAUCACACAACAACCAUAAUGCCUGCAGUGGACUCGAGAAAAGAUUUUAUUCUUGCCACCACUGGAAAUUACUUUGGUAUCAGCCCAGCAGAUGGCAGCAUUGCAGAUCUCCAUAACUCCUCAGAACUGAACAGUUUCUUGGAUGAUGGGAAUGUCAACAUUCUGGCUGCAAGAAUUGAGACAAAGGCUGGAGGAAAAGAAGUCAAUUUUUGUAAUAGGGUUGAGCCAAGUGACACCAAUGAGAAAGUGAUAGUUUUCUUUAAGAUCAAGCCUGAUGUGAUCACCCCAGACAACAUUCACAGAGAUGUGUUUGUCUCCUCCAUGUUGGACUCUCCUGUCAGUGCACUGUAUCACGCUGUGCAGAAAGUUUUUGCUCCACUGCUGUUGAAGGAUGAGAAGUGGAGUAAAAGUUUUGACCCUAAACUCCAGAGCCUUCUCAGUGAGCUGGAGGCUGGGCUGGGUAGUGUGAUCAGGAAACAAGAUGCUUCAUAUUCUGGAAGGCAAGGGGACACGGAUGAGGAUAAUUUAGGAGGAAUCCUGACACCAUCAGAUGAAUUCCAGUUCUGGUCAGAAGUGGCCAUGUCAGGAGCCAAACUCGUGAUCAAGGAAAGAGCACAGGGCUUUCAGGAAAUGUUUCAACCAAUCUCCAAGGACUUUGCCAGCCUUGAUUCCAUGGCAUUACCUGAGUGUCUUGAGUUGGUUGAGCUGACCCAGGACACAUUGGAUGAAGUUUGGAAGCAGACGGAGCAUGAUCCUCCAUAUAAAGAGUCAAGGAUGAGGCACCUCAUGGAUGUCAUUGGAGGGGCACUUGGGCGUUACAUUCAAAGAAAACUGGCUCAAGAGGAUAUAUGGAAGGGGCAGUUCAGUAAAGUCAAAGAGAAACUAAGAGCUGGAUUGUCUGUCUGUGAGCGCUGGACAUCGGCAUGUGAAACUCUGACAGUGCAGUUUUGGAAACGUUAUGGUCCCCAUCCCUGGAAAGGCGACAAGUUUGUUCCAGAGAAUCUUACCCAGCUGGCUGCCAGACUGGAGGAGAUUACUACACUUCGUACAGUGCAUGAACAGCUUGUCCGUCUUCUCUCUCCUCAAGAGCAAGAGGAACUCCGUACAGCAGCUGCAUUCAGUUCUUUUGCUGGGCUGAACCCCCUGCAGUACAACCCAUAUACUCAGCCAUUAUGGAAAGCUGCCGUGGCACAGUACGAGAGAGCUAUGGCGCCAGCAGAACAGAGGAUUGCUGGGAAGCUGAGGUCACAGUUUCGUAGCAUGCAAGCUAACUCUCAGCAGUUACUGAGAGAGUUCCAGAGAUACAAGGAACUGAUCAAGAGACCAAGCAUCAGUAAAGAAAUGGUGGCAGAGAGGGAGACCCUGCUAGGUCAAUUGACAGUGUUUAUCAAGCAAAUCAGGGAUGACUUCACCCAGAGGACAUCAGGAGACAAGGCCCCACCCAAGGGAAAGAACAUGCCUGAGGUUGUCAACUGUAUUGUGUGGGUCAGACAGCUGGAGGCAAAGGUGGAGGAAACUAACAUCAUUGCCGAGGCACUACUGGGAGACCUGUCAGGCUUUCAUAAUUUCCGCAAGGAUCUCUGCGAUCUUCUUGACGAAUUAAGAAGCUGGCGUCAGGAUCAGUUUGAUGAGUGGUCCCGGGACAUGCAGUCACAGAUCGAGGAUUCUGGGAAACCUCUCAGUCUAGAGACCAGUGGCCAGUUAAUGGAACUGUCCCAUUCAGAUGGCAAGCUGCACGUCAACUACAGUGAACGUCUGGUGACCCUGCUGCGAGAAGUGCGUCAGUUAUCAUCCCUGGGGUUUGCCAUUCCAGCCAAGAUCCAGCACACUGCUGCCACUGCUCAGAAAUUCUAUCAUCAUGCUGUUAUUUUGAAGCAGGUUGCCCAUUUCUACAACACCAUAGACCAACAGAUGAUCCCAAGCCAGCAGUCCAUGAUGUUGGAGUCAGCCCUGGCUUUUGAGAAGAUCAUCAAAAAUCCAAAGUCAGGAGCCAAAGUGAAGGGGGACUCCGUGCAGAUCACUUGGGACAACCCAGAGGAGCUGGAGUCGUAUAUCCAGAAGCUACAGGCUGCAGCGGACAGGUUGACCUCAGAGAAUAGGAGACUGAGGAAAUCACACAACAUUGUCUGUGAAAAGGUUGUCCAGUUGAUGAGUACUGACCUGUUGAGGCAUCAGCAGAGGUGGAAGGAUGGACUGAUGGACAUACGGCACCUGAUGGCCAACUUAGUGCAACAGGGUUUUUCAGCCAGUAACAUGACUCCAUGGAAGGCUCACUGGGACAGGCAGCUGUACAAGGCUCUGGAACACCAAUGCCAGAUGGGGCUAGAGGCUCUCAAUGAAAACUUACCAGAAAUUGUGGUAGAGCUCACAUAUAGACAACAGCGUCUCCAGUUCAAACCUCCAUUUGAGGAGAUCAAGGCAAAGUACUUCAGAGAGAUGAAGAAAUUCAUUGGUAUCCCCAACCACUUUAAGGGGGUGGGAGAUGCCACUGAACACCUCAUCUUCCCUACCAUCAUUGAUAGAAACGCGGAUGGAUUUAUCACAUGUUACAAGAAAGCUGGUUUAUUGUUCAAAAGACUGGCGGCUGUGCAGGAAAUGUUCAAGGACUGGGUGGUAUGCGGUGGAGUUGAUCUGGAUCAGUUUGUAUAUGAUAACCUGGUGGAGCUCAGAGACUGGGAGCAGAACUUUAAAGCUUUAAAGAUCAGAGGAAGGGAUGCAGAGAAGUUGCCGAGCCAAAUCAAGGUAGACUGUAUCACAGUGAACACCAACCCUGUGAAGUCCAGCAUAGAUGACCACAUCCAGCGUCUGUUUGAUGCUCUGCUGAGUUCCCUACGUAAGGCCAUCCAUAAUGACAUCAGCACAAUUGAUACAUUCCUCACCACAGCCAUGGAGACCCUGGCCCAGAGACCACAGACAGUGGAGGAGAUUGGAACUGCUAAUGCCAAACAUUCAGAGUUUGCUAAACAGAAGAAAGAGAUCCAGCCCCUGUUUUCCAAGGGUGAGAGUAAGAACAAGUUGCUGAGGACAGUGGCAGGAGGAGGCGUGGAGCAGUUUGGAAACCUGCAGGCAAGGUGGGACAAGUUUGAACUCAUGAUGGAGAGUUUCCAACUGAUGGUCAAGGAGCAGGUUGAGGUGAUGAAGAGUAAUGUGGAAUCCAGAAUCAAGGCGUUUGAGCAGGAACUGGAGAAAUUCGGCUCUCGUUGGCACCAGCUGAAACCAGGGGAUGACGCCCUGGACGGAGACCAGCAGAAAUGUAUGGCGGCUGUGGAGUCCAUUAAAGAGCGUAAAGCAGAGUUCACAGAACUGGAAAAUACUAUGAAGACUCUGCAAACUGACUGUGAGCACUUUGACAUGGAGAUGCCAGAGUUCCCGUAUGCUGCAGAGAUAGCAGAGGAUGUGAACAAAUAUGAGAGUAUGUGGGGGCUGUAUGAGGAGUUCAACAAUGGGCUGCAGGAGCUCUGCAAGGAGGACUGGAUUUCUUUUAGGAGUAAAGCAUAUAUGUUUGAGGAGUUUCUUGCUGGGUGGUAUGAGAAGUUGAAGUCAGAGGACCCCACCACAAUGACAGUUAGACUGCAGAAGGAUAUUGACAAGUACAAAAAUGUGUUACCAGUACUGAAGUGGGUGCGUGGAGAGCCUCUGUCACAGGACCACUGGCUGGAACUGUUCCGCAUGCUAGGGAUGCCCAAAGGAACCACACUGGAGAAGUUGACGUUUGGUGAUAUUCUCAGUUCUUCUGAUGCCAUUAUCAUCAAUGCUACUGCCUUGAAAGAAUUAAACCAGCGUGCCCAGGGUGAAGUGACCAUUAGGGAGGCCAUCAGGGAGCUUGACCUGUGGGGGGCAGGGGCAGUGUUUGCUCUCACAGACUACCAGGACAGUGGCAGUAAUAAGAUCAUGCUCAUUAAGGACUGGAAGGACUUGGUCAACGCGGUUGGAGACAACCAGUGCCUGCUGCAGUCCCUGAAGGACUCCCCAUACUACAAGAGUUUUGAAGACAAGGCCACAGUGUGGGAGACACGGCUGGCAGACCUGGACGAGUAUUUACAUAACCUGAACCAGAUCCAGAGGAAGUGGGUCUACCUGGAGCCCAUCUUUGGCCGAGGGGCGCUGCCUAAGGAACAGGGGAGGUUUAAGAGGGUGGAUGAUGAUUUCAGGGCUAUCAUGUAUGAUGUUGCCCGUGACAACCGUGUGUUGUCCCUGGUGGGUAAGGUUGGACUGAGGAACCAGUUGGUUACCAUGCUGGAUCAGCUACAGAGAUGCCAGAAAUCACUCAAUGAAUUUCUGGAGGAAAAACGCUCCAUCUUCCCAAGAUUCUAUUUCAUCGGUGAUGAUGAUCUUCUGGAAAUCCUGGGCCAGGCCACCAACCCAGAGGUGAUCCAGACACACCUGAAGAAACUGUUUGCUGGGAUUCACAGCGUGAACUUUGACGAUGGCUGCAAACACAUUGUGGCUAUGAAGUCUUUGGAAGGAGAAGUGGUGCCUCUGAAGAAGAAAGUUCAAAUUACCCCAGAGGUUGAGGUUUGGCUGGGAUAUUUGGCAGAAGAAAUGAAGAAUACAUUAAAGCAGUUGUUGACAGAGUGUCUCAAGGACAGCAAGGCAGGAGGACAAGGAGGACUGGACCCUAACAAAUAUCCUUCACAGAUCCUUUGUGCAGCAGAACAGAUCAACUUCACAGAGCAAUGUGAGGAGGCCAUCAAAACCAGCAGCCUGCAAGAGUUCAACAUAGAAAUGGAGAACAAACUGGAAUCUUACACUGGGGUCGACCUUAGUGCAGCAGGGAGUGAUGUGGGUGUAUAUGUACUUGAACUGAAGCUGAAGGCUUUGAUCCUGGACACCAUCCACUCUAUUGAUGUGAUACAGCAACUGGUUGAAGCUAAAACAAGGAAUUUGGAAGACUGGCAGUGGCAGAAACAGCUUAGAUACUACACACGCAGGGAUGGUAUAUGUGUGAUGCGUAUGGUGGAUGCGGAGUUUGAGUACACCUACGAGUACCAAGGCAAUGCAGCCAAGCUUGUCCACACCCCUCUCACAGACAAGUGCUACCUGACUCUGACACAAGGUAUGCACCUUGGUCUUGGUGGUAACCCAUAUGGUCCUGCUGGUACAGGAAAGACAGAGUCUGUCAAAGCUCUUGGAGGGCUGUUUGGGAGGCAGGUCCUGGUCUUCAACUGUGACGAGGGCAUUGAUGUGAAAUCUAUGGGCAGAAUCUUCAUAGGUCUGGUGAAGUGUGGAGCCUGGGGCUGCUUUGAUGAGUUCAACAGACUGGAGGAGGCUGUGCUGUCUGCCAUCUCUAUACAGAUCCAGAUCAUUCAGGACGCCAUCAAGGAAAAGAAGCCCACGGCAGAACUGCUGGGGAGAAAUGUGGACAUUGACUUUAACUCUGGCAUCUUCAUCACACUCAACCCUGCAGGGAAGGGAUACGGAGGAAGACAGAAGUUGCCUGACAACUUGAAGCAGCUUUUCCGUCCCGUUGCUAUGGCCAGACCAGACAAUGAGCUUAUUGCAGAGGUGAUCCUGUUUUCUGAAGGGUUCAAGCAUGCCAAGAGUCUGGGGAGAAAACUGGUGGCCGUAUUUAACCUUUCCAAAGAGCUGUUGACGCCCCAGCAGCACUAUGACUGGGGGUUGAGAGCACUGAAGACUAUUCUCAAGGGCUGCGGCAACCUGUUACAGACAGCAAAGAAAAAUCUACAGGAGGGAGAAAAAAUCACGGAUGCCAUUGAAGCCAAGCUGGUAGUGCAGGCACUAAGGAUCAACACGUUGUCUAAGCUGACCUUCUCUGACAGCAUCAGGUUUAACUCCUUGUUGAAGGAUGUUUUCCCAGGCACAGAGUUUAAGGACAUCGAGUAUGAGAACUUGGCACAGGCCAUCAGGGAGGUCUGUAAGGAGAGGAACCUUGUCGUUAACGAGAGUCAGGUGAAGAAAGCCCUGGAGUUAUACGAGCAGUUACGUCAGAGGAUGGGUGUGGUGGUGGUAGGCCCCAGUGGGUCUGGGAAGUCCACUCUGUGGAGAGUGCUCAAGGAGGCCAUGUUGAAGUGUGGUCAAGUGGUGAAACAGUACACUAUGAACCCCAAGGCUAUACCAAGAACACAGUUGCUGGGUCAUAUAGACAUGGACACCCGUGAGUGGACAGAUGGGGUGUUAACAUACAGUGCCCGUCAAGUUGUAAGAGAGCCACAGGAAAUCCAGUCCUGGAUUAUUUGUGAUGGUGACAUAGACCCAGAAUGGAUCGAGUCCUUGAACUCUGUCCUUGAUGACAACCGACUGCUAACAAUGCCCUCUGGUGAGCGUAUCCAGUUUGGGCCAAAUGUGAACUUCCUGUUCGAGACCCAUGACCUUAGCUGUGCAUCACCUGCCACCAUCUCUAGGAUGGGAAUGAUAUUUUUGAGUGAUGAGGACACAGACAUCAAGGCCUUCAUCACCUCCUGGAUGAACACACUACCAGAGGCUGAGCAGAAGACACUGGCUGGGUGGAUAGAAGACUACUUCUAUAAGGGAAUGGACUGGGUACUCAAACAGGGUGACUUUGUGGUGGAGACUACCCUGGUGGGUGUGGUCAUGAAUGGGCUGUCCCAUCUCCAUGGCGUCCAGGACAAGACCCACUUUGCUGUCUCUCUCAUCAGAGGACUGGGAGGCAACCUCAGCGAGGCCACAAGAGAGGCUUUUGCUAAGGAGGUAUUUGCCUGGACCCACGAGACCCCCCCUGACCCACGGCGCCCCCUGGACACCUACUAUGACCCCAGCAGUGGACGCCUCAUGUCAUACUCUGUGGAGCUACGAGAUGAUCUGACAGCUGACAACUUCACCAGUUCCGCCAACCUUCCUGUAAUCAAGACAGGGGAUAUACAGAGAGGUCUGGACUACUUCGCUCCCUGGCUCAGUGCUGAGAACAAGCAGCCAUUUAUAUUGGUGGGACCUGAGGGGUGUGGGAAAGGGAUGUUGCUGAAGUACUGCUUUGAACAGCUGCGGUCCACCCAGAUAGCCACCGUCCACUGUAGUGCCCAGACCAACCCCACCCAUGUGCUACAGAAGCUGAACCAAUCCUGUAUGGUGAUAAGUACCAACACUGGCCGUGUCUACAGGCCCAAGGACUGCGAGAGAUUGGUUCUCUUCUUGAAGGACCUCAACUUACCCAAACCUGACAAGUGGGGAACUAGUCAGCUCAUUGCAUUUUUGCAGCAGGUAUUGACCUACAAUGGGUUUUAUGACAGCAACCUGGAGUGGGUUGGUCUGGAGGGAGUACAGAUAGUAGCCAGCAUGAAUGGAGGGAGCACACUGGGACGUCAUCAACUGUCCACCAGGUUUACCUCUGUGGUCAGGAUAUGUGCCAUUGGUUACCCCGAGAGAGAGCAGUUACAGGCUAUCUACAGUGCUUACCUGAAGCCUGUACUCCACAAACAGCUGUCCAGACACCCUGUAUGGGGUAAUCCAGCUAAGGUCCAUGCCCUGGCUGGCUCUAUGGUACAAGUUUAUGAACAGUUACGAGGCAAGUUUUCGGUGGAUGACUACAGCCAUUACUUAUUCACGCCGCGUGAUCUAACUCGCUGGGUUCUGGGUCUGCUACGCUAUGACAUGAUUGCCAGUGACACCAGUGUGAACCCAGUACUUGAAGUGUGGGUUAAUGAGGCCAGGCGGCUGUUCAGAGACAAGAUAGUGGGUGUGGAUGGACUGAGUAGGUUUGAUAAUAUCCUCAUGUCGGCUGUCCAGGGAGAUUGGGGCGUCAGCGGUAUGGAGGGGAUUGAAGGCAACUACUAUGUGACUUGGGGUGGUCACCAUGAUGCCUCCGCCCCUGCUGUGGCCCCUGGGGCUCCCCUGCCACCCACGGGGAAACCCUUGGGGAAACUGAGCGGGGACGACUUCAAGAGUGUUAUACAGAAAGGACUUUUGCAAUACUCUCGAGAGAACAGAGAUUUGAAUGUGAUCAUCUUCAAGGAGGUCCUUGACCACAUGGCAAGACUGGACAGAGCUUUAAGCACGCCAGGUGGGUCACUGCUGAUGGCGGGCCGGAGUGGUGUGGGCAGGCGGUCAGCAGUCACUCUGAUCUCAUUCAUGCAUCAACUGGAGCUGUUCUCACCUAAAGUGGCCAGAGGAUACGGGCUGAAGCAGUUUAAGACUGAUUUGAAAACGGUGAUGCAGAAGACAGGUAUAGAUGAUGAGCAGGUGGUGUUACUCCUGGAGGACAAUCAGCUGGUGCACCCUGCCUUCCUGGAGCUCAUCAACAGCCUGCUCUCAGCAGGAGAGGUACCUGGCCUCUACACCCCUGAGGAGCUGGAUCCCCUCCUGGCACCCCUCAGAGACACGGCAUCAGAGGCCGGGUACAGGGGGCCACUGCAUGGGUACUUUGCAUCACGUAUCCAGGCCAACCUCCAUGUGGUUCUCAUCAUGGACUGUACCAAUGCUAACUUCAGCAUGAACUGCCAGAGUAACCCGGCCUUCUACAAGCAGUGCAGUGUCCAGUGGAUGGAUGGCUGGAGCAGGGAGUCCAUGGUCAAGCUGCCCCACCUCCUUCUCACACAAGGACCAAAGAUGGAGGGCUCCUCCAUGUCUGAACCCAAGGAAAGAAAAAGAAAGUUGUCUGGUGGGGAUGAGUUACUGAAAAGUUUCCUCCACAUCCACGAGUCAUGUGAAGUGUUUGGAACUGCCACUCCCAGGCGCUAUGUGUCAUUCCUGCAUACAUACAUGCAAGUCUACAACAACAAGAAAAAUGUCAUCGCAGAGAGGCAACAUCAUGUUCAGGCUGGUGUCUCAAAGCUUAACGAGGCAAAAUCCAUGGUGGAUGACUUAAAGCACAAAGCAGCCGAACAGAGUAAAUUGUUGGCAGAGAAAACAACAGAAGCUGAUGCUGCACUGAAGGAAAUAACAGAGAGAAUGUCUAAUGCCAGUGAACAGAAAACCGAGAUGGAACAAAUCAAGGCACAGGUGGCAGAGGAGAACAUUAAGCUGGAGCAGAGGAAGAAAGCCAUAGACAUUGAGCUCUCAGAGAUAGAGCCCCUGGUGAGGGAAGCCAAGGCCGCAGUGGGGAGCAUCAAGACAGAGCAGCUGUCUGAGAUAAGGGCUCUGAGAGCUCCCCCUGAUGUGAUUAGGGAUAUCUUGGAGGGAGUUCUUAAGUUGAUGGGAAUUAACGAUAUGUCUUGGAAUAGUAUGAAGAGUUUCCUUGCCAAGAGAGGUGUCAAGGAAGAAAUACAGCAGUUUGAUGCUAGGAAGAUCACACCAGAUUACAGGAAACUGGUGGAGGAAUUACUGGAUAAGAGGAAAGAAUCUUUUGACCCAAAGAAUGCCAAGAGAGCGUCUGCUGCUGCAGCUCCACUGGCCAGCUGGGUCCGAGCCAAUGUGAAGUUUUCUUACGUCCUGGAGAAAAUUGAGCCUUUGGAAACAGAACAAAGACACCUUCAAAAGAACCUUGAGAAAGCCGAAGCCAAGCUGGCCAAGCUGCAGAAGGCACUGAGUGAAGUGGACCAGGAGGUAGAACGGUUGCGAAACAGGUUUGAGAAGUUCACGCGAGAGGCAGAACACCUCAAGAUAGAGCUGGAGAAAGAAGAGAAAACGAUUGAGGAUGCUGAAAACUUGGUGGGAAAACUAGAUGGAGAGUAUAGGAGAUGGAAUGAUCAGGUUGGUGAGUUGACAGCAGAAUUGGGUGAGCUGCCAAUGCGUGCCCUGCUGGCAUCUGCUUUCAUCAGUUACCUGUCAGCUGAGCCAGAGGAUGUACGCAGGAAUAUGCUUCAACAGUGGAUGGACAUGGCAGGAGUAAAAGGUUUUGACAUGCGUCGCUUCUUAAGCACAGAGAGUGAGCAGCUGAUCUGGAAGGGUGAGGGUCUCCCUUCAGAUGACCUGUCCAUGGAAAACGCUCUGGUCAUUCUUCAGAGUUCCUUACGUCCGUUCCUGGUGGACCCGUCGUCGCGUGCUACGGAGUGGCUCAAGGUUCAUCUGAAGGAACAUAAGCUGGAAGUUGUCAACCAACAG